AUGCCGGCGCACGGCAGCGAUGAGCCAUCCCAUGACACGGCAGCUGCACGAAAUUCACGGAUCGGUGGGCUGGGCACAUCGAAUGAUGCGGAAGCGAAGUCGAGCAAUACGGCGUUUCAGCUGUGCUCCCAGUUUGUCGACAGGGAAGGGCGGGGCAGCAAGCCUCAGUUUGGGUUCAACGGCCUCGGAGAGCUCGUCUACCAGCGAACGUACGCCAGGUACCUGGGAGAAGACACGGACGACCGAGAGCAAUGGUAUCAAACCAUUGAACGGGUGGUGAACGGUACAUUCAGCAUGCAAAAGGAGUGGAUGCUCUCUCGGGGUAUGCGAUGGGACGAACAAGAGGCACAGAGUACGGCACAGGAGAUGUAUCGGCGAAUGUUUGCCUUCAAAUUCCUUCCUCCGGGCCGAGGGCUUUGGGCGAUGGGCUCCAAGCUGACUACGGAACGGCGCCUAUACGCGGCUCUCAACAACUGCGCAUUUGUCAGCACCCGAGACCUAGCGUCGGACCCGACUGCUCCUUUUUGCUUCCUGAUGGACGCGUCUAUGCUCGGGGUCGGGGUCGGGUUCGAUACGAAAGGGGCGGGAACGAUCGACGUCGUGGCACCCGGGAGCGCCGAGGGUCGAGAGGGGCCGAGCGAGUUGAACAUCGUGGUGGAUGACUCUCGGGAGGGAUGGCGAGAUGCUUUCAAACUCCUCCUGGAGGCGUACUUCUUUGGCCAUCAAGUACCCGUCUUGGACGUGUCAAACUUGAGGCCUGCCGGGGCACCCAUCCGGGGGUUCGGAGGUGUUUCACAAGGAAGUGCUCCAUUGGUGGAGCUAAUGGCCAGUGUGAAGGCCACGCUGGAUCCGUUGAUCGGGAAACCCUUGUCGGUGACGGCUAUCGUCGAUCUCAUGAACAAGGUGGGAGUAUGCGUAGUGGCCGGCAACGUCCGACGAACGGCCGAAAUCGCGUUCGGUGAUCCAGGAAGCGAUGAGUACAUCGACCUCAAAAACUACGACAAGAACCCAGACCGGGCGAGUUUCGGGUGGGCUUCAAACAACUCCGUGCUAGCGCCGCUGGGCAUGGACUACACCAAGGUGUGCGAGCGCAUCCAGCAGAAUGGAGAACCUGGCUUCGCAUGGCUGGAGAACAUGCGAACAUACGGUCGCAUGGGGGACGAGAAGAACGACCGCGACUCCAAGGCCAUGGGUGGAAACCCCUGCCUGGAGCAGACGCUGGAGAGUUUCGAGAUGUGCUGCCUCGUAGAAACGUUCCCCGACAAGCACGAAUCCCUUGAAGACUUUCUGACGACUCUAAGGUUCGCCAUGCUGUACGCUAAGACAGUGACAUUGGGGGGGACUCAUUGGGACAAGACAAACGAAAUUUUGUUUCGGAACCGCAGGAUUGGGUGCAGCAUGAGCGGGCUGGCUCAGUUUGUCGCGGCGAGGGGUCUGGGGACGUUGCAAGAGUGGUGCGAAGAGGGAUACGAGGCUGUCUCCCGAAUAGACGAGGAUCUUUCAACUCAAUUUGGCAUCCCAACAUCGAUCAAGACCACAAGCAUCAAGCCGAGUGGGACGGUGUCUCUUCUCGCUGGGGCGACCCCAGGCAUGCACUACCCGGAGUCCAGGUUCUACAUAAGGCGCGUGCGAAUGGCUUCGGAUGCGGAUGUGCUGGGGCCAUUACGAGAAGCGGGUUACAGGCUAGAGCCUGCAGCUGAAAACCCUGAAGGCACUAUGGUCGUGGAAGUCCCUGUGGACGCUGGGGAAGGUGUGCGCACCGCACAAGACCUUAGCAUGUGGGAGCAGCUUAGCUUCGCUGCGUUCCUCCAACGGUAUUGGGCCGACAAUCAGGUGAGCUGCACGAUUACCUUCGAUCCCGAGACAGAAGGCCAUCACCUGGCUCACGCGUUGGACUACUUUCAGUAUCAGCUGAAAGGCGUGUCCUUUCUUCCCAGGAUGGACUACGGCGCUUUCCCACAGAUGCCGUAUGAGGCGAUUUCGGAGGACGAGUACAAGAGCCAGAUCUCCAAGUUGCGACAUUUAAAUUUUUCGCGGCGACGUGGGCAAACUCGAGGAGAGGGCGAUGGUGUGCGCGUGGAGGAAGUCCCGGACAGAUAUUGCGAAUCAGACUCUUGUACAGACGGGGCCGGUUUCAGAGUUUGA